AUGACAACGAAAACCAAUAGGACAAGUAGCAUUAGCAAUACAAAAAACUUGGAUAAAAGUCACGUUGAUAUCCAAAAUGGUAUUUUGUACAAUGUUCUCAAGCAAAUACGCCAUUUGGGCAACAAUACGGACCCUGAACAACCAAACCUUAUACCCGUAUGGGCAUGCACUGUUGAUCCGCGACAAACAAAGAAUUUACUAACGGUAUUUAAAACUCAUUAUAACGAUGAGCUGAAUGAAUCACUAAAGCAUGUGAAACGAAUGACAAAGAUUAAUGAACUGGAUAUUCAAGCUAUAAUAUGUCCCUUUUCAUCAUUGGACGAAAAAGAAGUAAUCAUUGAAAAGUUUAGCGAUGCAGUUGAGGUGAAAUCCUUUGACAUCAUUAAUAUCCCGCAAAGAGGAGCAAUGACAAAGGAGAAAAGUCUACAGUGGUCCAAAAUAUGGCCAAUGGUAUGGCGAGGCAACCCAAAUCACCAGUUUUUGAAAACAACCACAUUUGACAUUGAGCAAGAACAAUUGAUGAUUACAAAAUUGCUUGAUACAUUGUCCACCAUAAAGCUGAGUCGAGAUGCACUGGUUACUAUCAUGGCAAGAGAUAUAGGCAAUAACAAACUCGAAAUUCAAACAAUUGCAAUCAAUGAUGGCGAUCUGCGACCCACAAAGCAUAGUGUUAUGCAGGCUAUUGAUCAAAUAGCCAAAGAAGAACUUGGUAAACGAGAAAAAGAUGAGGAGGAUUUUAAUGGUGACGAGAAGAGGAUAGAACGAGAAAGGGGCUAUUUGUGCACCAAUAUGAUUGUAUACACCACUCACGAGCCAUGUGUGAUGUGCAGCAUGGCUCUAGUUCAUUCAAGAAUCGUACGAUGCACCUAUUUAAAACCCGUGGCAAAUGGUGGCGGAAUGGAAAGUAGCUACUAUUUGGGUGAUCGCGAUGGUUUAAAUUGGAAGUUCAAUAUUUGGAGAUGGCUUGGUGAACAAGAGUUGCAAAAACUUCAGUUGUUAACUGGAGAGAGUAAAAGAACAGAGUAUUGA